AUGAGAGAAAGUUUUGAAAAGGAUGAGGUUGGUGAUUUUGGAACAGAGGAUUUCAAUGAUGAGUAUGUUGACAAAGAAUUGAAUAAGGAGUUACGGGACAAUAAAAGGAGAAUGUUAGAGGAGAGAAACAACAACGAAAAAAAUAAAGAUGAGGGAGGUGAAGAUAUUAAAAUAAUAGAUUGUGAGAAAGAUGAAAAUGAUAAUAAUGAUCAAGGUUUGGAUUACAUGAAUUUGAAUGAUGAAGGUGUUGAAAAUGAAAAAGGUGGUGAUAAUGAAGAACAAAAUGUUGAAGGAGAAGGUGUGGUGGGCAUGAAUAUAGAAGGGAAGAAUGCUAAGAAAGUAGAAAAAAUAAGUGGUGAACAACCACAAAGAGGUGGAAAAGAUGGUGAGAAAGAUGAAAAUGAUAAUAAUGAUCAAGGUUUGGAUGACAUGAAUUUUCAUGAUGAAGUUGUUGAAAAUGAAAAAGGUGGUAAUAAUAAAGAAGAACAAAAUGCUGAAGGAGAAGCUGUGGAGGGGAUGAAUAUAGAAAGGAAGAAUGAUAAGAAAGUAGAAGGAAUAACUGGUGAAUAA